UUCAGAAUGUGGCAGCUCAUAAGCCUCUUACUGCUCGUGGCCACCUGGGAGAUUUCUGGCACACCACCUACUCCUGAUUCGGUGUUUUCCAGCAGCCAGCACGCCCACCAGGUGCUGCGCAUCCGCAAGCGCACCAACACCUUCCUGGAGGAGCUCAUGCCAGGCAACCUGGAGCGGGAGUGCAUGGAGGAGACCUGUAACCUGGAGGAAGCCCAAGAGAUUUUCAAAAACGUGGACGACACACUGGCCUUCUGGUCCAAGUACGUCGACGAGGAUCAGUGCGCGUCCCCGCCCCCACGGCACUCAUGCGACCUCCCGUGCUGCGGGAACGGCGAGUGCAUCGACGGCAUCGGCAGCUUCCGCUGCGACUGCGCCCUAGGCUGGGAGGGCCGCUUCUGCGCGCACGAGGUACGCUUCUCCAACUGCUCCGUGGACAACGGUGGCUGCGCGCACUACUGCUCGGAGGAGGAUGGCGGGCGCCAUUGCAGUUGCGCCCCGGGCUACCGUCUGGGGGACGACUUCAUGGAGUGCGAGCCCGCGGUGAAGUUUCCCUGUGGGAGGACAGUGAAGAGGAAGCUCAGCAGUUUGAAGCAUGAUGUAGACCAAGUUGACCCACGUCUCGUCAACGGGAAGCUGACCAAAUGGGGAGAGAGCCCCUGGCAGGUGCUCCUGCUGGACUCCAAGAAGAAGCUAGCCUGUGGAGCAGUACUUAUCCACCCCUCGUGGGUGCUGACCGCGGCCCACUGCAUGGAGGAUGCCAGGAAGCUCAUCGUCAGGCUCGGGGAGUACGACCUGCGGCGCUGGGAGAAGUGGGAAGUGGACCUGGACAUCGGCAAUGUUUUCAUCCACCCCAACUACAGCAGGAGCACCACUGACAAUGACAUCGCGCUGCUGCGCCUGGCCAGGCCUGCCACUCUCUCACAGACCAUUGUGCCCAUCUGUCUCCCAGAUAGCGGCCUCUCUGAGCGCGAGCUCACCCAGGUCGGCCAGGAGGUGGUGGUGACGGGCUGGGGCUAUCGCAGUGAGAUCAAGAGGAACCGCACCUUUGUCCUCAACUUCAUCAAGAUCCCCGUGGUCGCGCGCAAUGAGUGCAUUCGGGCUAUGCACAAUAUGGUCUCAGAGAACAUGCUGUGUGCCGGCAUCCUCGGGGACCCACGGGACGCUUGCGAUGGUGACAGCGGUGGGCCCAUGGUCACCUCCUUCCGUGGCACCUGGUUCCUGGUGGGCCUCGUGAGCUGGGGUGAGGGCUGUGGGCGCCUGCACAACUAUGGCAUCUACACCAAAGUCAGUCGCUACCUUAAUUGGAUCCACAGCUAUUUGGGGGCCAAGGACACUGCCCUCCAGGUCCAGGUUCCAUAGUAUCGUCCCUCCUACUUGCUCUUGGAAUGGGAGCUGGGCUGUCAAAUGACCUUCAGUGGGACAUGCACCAAGCACACAGCCUGCUGCUGUGUCCUCCGUCCCUCUUCUGGGCCGUUGUGAAGUUACAUUCGUGGAGCACCUGCUGUCUGCCCCAUGCUUCAUGAAGAGAUUCUCAUUUAACCACCACAGCAGCUCUGUGAGGGGCAGAGGAGCAGGUGCAAGUUCUGUGGGGUCUGAAUCUGAUUGUUCAAAUAAAAAAAAAUAUAAAUACAAACUUGCUAGAGCCUCUCCCAGGGCCUUGGAAAGGGCCUGUGCAUGUUAGCUUUAGAGUAAGCUCAACUAUGGAGGUAGGUAUUUUUAUCCCUUACUGCAGAUGAGGAAACACGCUCAGUAAAGUUUACAAGAUGGAGUCAGGAUUCAAGUCGAGACCUGA